UGACCUGAUUGCAUCGAUAUGGCGUGCAACAGUUUGAAAUGUUGCCUGCAGAGUUUCCGCUGUUUUCAGAAGACAGGAAGCAGAUUGAGUGAGCUGCUUGAGAGCGAGCGGAUCAUUUUGACUGUGGAAGAAGAAGAAGAGGAAGAGAGUGUGUUUCCAUGUGUUAGUGUGAGAGGAGGUCUGAACCAUGAACAAACGAAAACUCAGUUUCAAAUGGUUCGGGAGCCUCACCAACCUUUCAACCCGCCGCCCGUCAGAGAAGUCCAACGUCAAGGCGACCCAAGAGCAUGAUGGUAGCGUCAGCAGUGCCAAGUCAACAGCGAGGGAGCAGUCUGUGGACGACAUGGAGCCCAGCCUCCUCAGCCCCAGCUAUGCCCGCUCAAACCAAAUGUACACACACGUGGGCACGGUGCCCCGCAGCCAGCGGCAGAAGAAGAGCAGCAGGGGGCUGAAGGAGAAGAAGAAGAAAGAGGAGGAGGAGGGGGAGGAGGAGGGGGAGGGGGGGAGUCAGUGGAAGGCGGGGGAACAUGUCCGAGACUCUCCUCUGCUCAGUGCCCUCUCCAGCCUCAACCUGACCAGCCUGGACCGAACACAAACGGGGUCUGGAUCCAGCCGACCGCUACCCGCAAAACCGACCCCCAGCUGGGCUUCACCUUUGACCUCUGCACCUGAGACCUGCCUGCAGGACCCUACAGACCCCGUUAAGAGCCAUGAGGCAUCAUCGAGCAUUCAGGAUCUAUUAGAAACUGGAAAACCUGAAAGAGAGUUUCUGAACAUGGCAGCCAGCGGCCACAGAGUGGUCUCACCUCAGGAUCUGUACGUGCCGAUGGACCCGAUCGCUGAAUCAGCUCGCAGCCACGUGGUCGAGCAGACGGAGAGACAGCGAGGCGUCACGGGGAAACAGGAAGCUACGCAGACUGGGAUCGGCUCGCAGGAAGUUAAAAAAGUCGACAGUCUGCAGGACGUGACGGAGAGCAGCGGAGAAUACGUGAAGUUCUCCAAAGACAAGUUCUGGUUGGAGCCGCCGACGGAGACGCUGAGGAAGCAGCUGGAGGAGGAGCUAAAGCUGAGCGGCAGCAACCUGAAGAGCCACGCCUGGUACCACGGACCAAUCCCCUGGGAGGUGUCAGAGAGCCUGGUCGGUAACCAUGGCGACUUCCUCAUCAGAGACUCCCAGUCCAGUCAGGGCGACUUCGUCCUCACCAGCCACUGGGAGCAGAAGACUCUUCACCUCCUGGUCAGGCGGGCGGUGCUUCAGUCCAGUGAGACGUACACGAGGAUCCAGUUCAGCCUGGAGACCGAGGCCUUCGACUCUCUGCCCGCUCUUGUGCACUUCUACGUGGGCAGCCGGGCCGCCCUGACCCGGUGGAGCGGGGCUCAGAUCCACCGGCCCGUCAACAGGACGCUACCACUCAGCUACCUGGAGACGGCUUUCUGCACAGCCGUCAGCACGCCGUCCGACCACACGGGGCAGCAGAGCACAGAGCAGAGAGUCUGUCCCAGAAGCCCUUCCUCUCUCCACCACCAGGGGGCAGACGUUAACAGGGAGCUGGACGACCGGUCUGUGAUGACUGCAGGAGAUUCUUCUCUCUCCUCUCCGUACAACACCCGUCAGUCCAGGAGCCCGUGCAGCAGCCGUGCAGGCAGCGUGGCGCCCUCUCCGUCCCUCUCCAGGCGACCCUCACCCUCUCCGAACAGCACCCUCCACAGACCCCUCAGCGACAGAGACCAGCCCGCUCUGAACCAGGACUCCCUCUCCUCUGAUGGAAGCUGCUACACGGAGCUGAGCGCCGGCCCUCAGAGCUACGUGGAGAGGCUGCGCUCGGAGGAGGCGGGGUCAGAGGGCGUCAACCCGCUGAAGGUGGAAGACGGGGUCGUGUUCUUCUCACCUGUGGUGGAGACGGUUUCAGCCUUCAAACCCAGCAGGUACCAGUCGCCGCUGAUGCCCAAGGAGAACAAGCCUCUGGAGGUUUCCAUCCUGCGGAGGGUGAAGGAGCUGCUGGCCGAGGUCGACCCCAAGACGGCGGCCAAACACAUCACCACGGCCGACUGCAAGGUGGCAAGAAUACUGGAGGUGACCCCGGAGGUGCAAAGGAUGAUGGGAGUUAGCUCGGGGAUGGAGCUGCUCACGUUGCCACACGGACAACAGCUGAGGCUCGACCUGCUGGAGAGGUUCCACACCAUGGCGACCAUGUUGGCUGUGGAUGUGUUGGGCUGCACGGGGUCGACUGACGAGCGGGCCGGCCUGCUGCACAGACUGAUCCAGAUCGCCGCUGAGCUGAAGAGCACCAUGGGAAACAUGUUCGGCUUCGCUGCUGUCAUGAGAGCGUUAGAGCUGCCGCAGGUGUCCCGCCUUGAGCAGACCUGGACGGCGUUACGGCAGCGACACACAGAGGGCGCUAUUCUCUAUGAGAAGACUCUGAGGCCGUUCAUGAAGAGUCUGAACGACGGGAGAGAAAGCUGUCCGCUCUCCAGCACCACCUUCCCCCAUGUCCUCCCCCUCCUGUCUCUCCUGGAGAAAAGCGUGGCGGUGGGUGAGGGGGCGGAGCCGUGGGAGACGGUGGAGGCCGGGGUGGACGUGGUCAUGUUCCACCUGGGGGCGGCGAGGACGAUCGCUCAGCUUGGGGGGAUCUACCGCUCCAACACGGAGAGCAGACUACAAGGUUUCCAGGAGCAGCCGGAGGUCUUGGAGCUCUUCCUCACAGACUUCCAGAUGAGGCUGCUGUGGGGGAGCAGGGGGGCCGAGGAGAACCAGGCUCUGCGAUACGCCAAGUUCGAGCAGGUGCUGACGGCCCUGUCCAAUAAGCUGGAGCCGCCCGUCAGACCGCACUGACCCCAGAUAACUGCCCGGGAGGGGCUCCUGUUGUGUUCUUAUUCCUGCAGAGGACACGAUGGACACUGAGCAGACGGACUUCUGAUGCUCGGUUUAACAGGAUUA